GAUUACGCUAAAAAUCACAAGGUUGCAAAUGCAGCCUUUCAGUGCACCAGUCUGUGGGCUCCUUAUGAGCUUUGAUUCAGCCUAAUCGAUCACCGGAAAUCAGGCUUUAAACAUUUUAAGUUUAGGUUUAAAGAAGCGCGAUUGGCCGUAUUAACGCUGGCGGCGAAUAAGCUGAUAUGAAGACAUUAGUCUUCCUACAUGCAAGAGCGUGACCGUUAUCGGACUUUGGGCUGCAAGAAGGGGAGCUGACACAGGGGUUUAUACAGCAGAGCUGUGACAGCAACUGACCCAUUCACAAGUUAUCAGUUAGGGUGCUAACUAAAACACAGCCAUGCCACCCCCAGCUGACAUUGUGAAGGUGGCUAUUGAAUGGCCCGGUGCCAAUGCUCAGCUUAUAGAGAUGGACCAGAAACGACCUUUGUCCUCAAUAAUUCGGGAAGUAUGUGAUGGCUGGUCUUUGUCUGGCUCAGAGCAGUUUGCUCUGCGUUAUGCUGAUGGUCCUCAGCUUUAUAUCACUGAGCAGAGUCGUGGUGACAUCAAGAACGGGACCAUCCUUCGAUUAGCAAUUUCUCCUGCUCGUGCUGCUCGUCAGCUCCUGGAGAGGAUCCAGUCCCAUGGCAUUGAUGCUCGCCUCGAGGCCCUGAAAGAGCUCGCCAAGCUCUCCGCAGACCCAACCUUUGCCGCUGAGUUCAUAAAUAUGGAAGGCAUUGGGACACUGGCUCGUCUUGUAGAGAGCGGCACCCACUUUGGUGAAAUGUUGGCCUUCACUCUCACUGCCUUCCUGGAGCUAAUGGAUCAUGGCAUUGUGUCCUGGGACCUUAUCUCCCUCUCCUUCAUCAAGCAGAUUGCGGGCUACGUGAACCAGCCGAUGGUGGAUGUGUCCAUCCUGCAGCGCUCCCUGGCCAUCCUCGAGAGCAUGGUUUUAAACAGCCACAGCCUCUACCAUCGAGUGGCACAGGAGAUCACCGUGGGACAGCUCAUCGGGCACCUGCAAGUGUCAAACCAGGAGAUCCAGACCUACGCCAUCGCUCUCAUCAAUGCUCUUUUCCUGAAGGCGCCAGAGGACAGACGGCAGGAGGAGUAUACUAACCCACUGGAACAGCACCUCACUGAAAUGGCAAGCUCUUUGGCUCAGAAACACCUGCGGUCCAUCAUCCUCAAUCACGUCAUAAGAGGAAAUCGACCAAUCAAAGCAGAAAUGGCUCAUCAGUUAUACGUGCUGCAGGUGUUGACUUUUAACCUUCUGGAAGAACGAAUGAUGACCAAAAUGGAUCCUAAUGACCAGGCUCAGAGAGACAUCAUUUUUGAGCUGCGUAGAAUUGCCUUCGACGGAGAAAAUGACCCCACUGGCACAGAGAAAAGAAAGGCCAUGUACACCAAGGACUACAAGAUGCUGGGCUUCACUAACCAUGUAAACCCAGCCAUGGACUUCACCCAGACUCCUCCAGGGAUGCUGGCUCUGGACAACAUGCUGUAUCUGGCCAAGGUUCACCAGGACACGUACAUCAGGAUUGUUCUGGAGAACAGCAGCCGAGAGGAUAAGCACGAGUGUCCCUUUGGCCGCUGCGCCAUCGAACUCACUCGAAUGCUGUGCGAGAUACUCCAAGUUGGAGAACUGCCUAAUGAGGGCUGCAACGAUUAUCACCCCAUGUUCUUCACCCAUGACCGGGCAUGGGAGGAGUUCUUCUGUGUCUGCAUCCAGCUGCUUAAUAAAACCUGGAAGGAGAUGAGGGCCACAGCUGAGGACUUCAACAAGGUGAUGCAGGUAGUCCGUGAGCAGAUCACCAGAGCUCUGGCAAUGAAACCAUCAUCUAUAGACCAGCUGAAGACUAAGCUGCGAGGCCUCAACUAUUCAGAGAUUCUGCGCCUGCGGCAGUCUGAAAGAAUGAGCCAGGAUGACUUCCAGUCUCCACCCAUUAUUGAGUUGCGGGAGAGAAUUCAGCCCGAGAUCUUAGAGCUCAUCAAGCAACAGCGACUCAACCGGCUGUGCGAGGGGAGUUGCUUCCGUAAACUGGGCAACCGCCGAAGGCAAGAAAAGUUUUGGUUCUGCAGGCUGUCUCUGAAUCACAAAGUGCUGCACUACGGGGACUUAGAUGAGUCACCUCAGGGUGAAGUGCCUUUUGAGCUACUCAGUGACAAGAUCCCCGUCUCUGAUAUUAAGUCUGUGGUGACAGGGAAGGACUGCCCUCAUAUGAAAGAGAAAAGCGCUCUAAAACAAAAUAAGGAGGUGCUGGAGUUGGCCUUCUCUGUCCUCUAUGAUCCUGAUGAAACACUUAAUUUUGUUGCACCCAACAAAUAUGAGUAUUGUAUCUGGACUGAUGGGCUGUGUGCGCUGCUGGGCAGAGAGAUGGGCAGUGACCUGACACGCAGUGACCUAGAUACUCUCAUCAGCAUGGAGAUGAAGCUCCGCCUCCUCGACCUUGAGAACAUCACCAUCCCGGAAGCGCCGCCUCCUGUGCCAAAGGAGCCUAGCUCAUAUAACUUCACCUACAACUACAGCUGAGAUGUGGGUGUGUGCGUGCGUGCUUGUGUGUGUGUGUGUGUGUGUUUUCAGUGCAUGUAUGUGUUUGUCAAGGACGAGUAUGCUAAAUUUUUUGAUGAAUUUACCUAAACAUCUGGAAAAGGCUGUUUUGUUUUUUUUUUGUUUUGUUUUUUACAUUUCAGAACCUUGGAAGUUUUCCUUGUUUGUGAUGCUGGAUAGGAAAGAUAUGUUUUGUAGCUUGAUAGAGAGGUCAGAAGUCAGGGUUUGGUACAGAAAUCUGCUCCAGGAGCUGGAACAGAUUAAAUGAGGGAAUCUCAUUUAUCGGCGCAUGUCAAGCAGAGUGUGGUUUGCGCUCCUUGCUCUUUGCCAUUUUAAGGUGGAAAUAAAAUGACGGGAUCAAAACCCACGAAUGUUUACAUUUUAGUCCAAUUGAGGCAUGACACAUCUGUCGUUUCCACGGCAACUGAGAACGAAGUAGCCAGGAGUCCAGUUUUAAUGGCGUGUUAACUCUGAUGCUGCCUGCUCCUCCAUGUGUACAGAUGUACAGUACAGUGUAAUCACUUCUACAUCCUGCUCCUCAUCGUGGUCUUAUUAAUAUUAAUAUAUCUCAUAUGCAAUUCAGUGAUUAAAAAAGGACUAGAAAGGUGAGAGGCUUGAAAUGUAAGUAAUACACAGCAGAAGCAGAUCAUGUGGAAGGAUAUUCCCUUAUUCACUUUGUUUUGCUUAUGAUUGUUUUACAUGGGACAAAAAGUUUAUCAGUAGGGAUUCUAGUUUUCCAAAUGAUAAUAUAGAGAAAGAUUGUUAAGUGUAACUAAACCAAAAAAAGAAACAAUUUAAUGUCAUGAAAGACCAGAAAACUGACACACAGUUAUUAUUUGGGAUGUUGGAGCCCUUACAUUUUAGCAUUAUUUUUCUUAAAGGUGUCAGGUGGUCACUUAAUUGUUUCACCUCCACACAUCCUGAUAUAUUCAUAUAUCUCCUGUGGCUUAACUUUGCGUUUGAUGCUGCUUCUUUAAAUCACUUCCUCACACCAGUACACUUUUUCAUAGCUUGUUAGACAGCGUGAACGUACUCUACCAUAUAUAUCCCACCGGAUUAAUGAAACCAUUUAAGUGUUUCUUGCCUCCUAUAGGUGUCUGUAAGUGUGUAUGUGUAUGUGUAUGUAUGUGUGUGUGUGUGUGAGUGUGUGUGUGUGUGUGUGCAGAGUUUUGAAGUAUGUGUAUGUUCUUAUGUUGAAAGACUGAAGGUAAAAUCUCUAUAUUUAAAAAUCCUGCUGCUCAUUAAGGUCAGGGUCAAAGCCCUGACAUCCAACACAUUUAAAAGACAUAAAAGAUAUGAACCUUUUUUCAAUCAUAGUCACUGUAUUGCCUUAUCAUACACUCAUAUGUGAGUAAUGAAACACUACAACUCACUCUGAUAUGUUUUUGAUAUUUUUUAACUGCUGUACUUCCUCAUAUGUAGAAUUCUAUUGUAUAAGCAGUUAAUUAAUUAUGGAUAACACAAUAUAGCAUACCUAUAAUAAUAUAUUAUGUUCAGAUAUGUUAACUGUUGCAGUACUGUGAAAAAGUCUUGAGCCAUACCUCAAAGAACAAAUUGUAAUUGUAUCUUUGGGCACUUUGUUACUAGCAGCCUGUAAACCCACAAUGUAUUGAAGCAGUGCAGGAUCAUCUUGAUAGAGUAUAGAGCAAAAGGCAGCCAACAUCCAAACAAGAGCUUUGAAUGUUCUUCAAGAAGCCUGGAGGACUAUUCCUGAAGACUACUUAAAGAAAUUACAUGAAAACCUGCCUAAGAGAGUUAAAGCUGUGUUGAAGAAUAAAUGUGGCCAUGCCAAAUACUGACAUUCAAGCUUAGAAUUGUACAAACUUGCAUUUCCAUGUAUGUUUGCAGAAGUCUCAUAAAGUACCUAUUUCAUAUUUUCCUAGCAAAAUAUGAAGAAAUGAGGGGUGGUGUAAGACUUUUACAGAGUACUGUACAUAUUGGGAUUAUAAAUCAUUCUAUUACUGUGACAACAGUUAUGUUAUACUGUGCUACAUGUAAGACUACACUUACAUGUACACUUAAAUCAGCUACAGCUACAUUAAAAUUUGUUCAUAUACUGUUUAUACAGUAAAUAUAUAAUUAAGAAUAACUAUAUUUGGAAAGUUACCACAGUGUGGUAAAAGUUUGUAGUACCAUGAGUUUCCAAAUCUAAUGAUGCCCGUGGUGUUUGAACAAAUUAGCAUUUGCAGCUUUGAUUUCUGAUGUUUUAUCACACAGUGCAAAGGCAAACAGGACAAACAAGAGGGCCAAAAACACAAUCAAAUGCAUAGACGGAGAUUAAAACAGAGUGGCGUCUAGUACUGCUCAUAUAUCAUAGUGAAGUAUGCAGCAUUGUGUGCUUUGUAUACAGUGGUAAUAAUUACAGUAUUGUUGCUUGAUGUCAUUUUCUAAUUUCCACAGAAUUCCUGGUUCUAAAACUUGUCUUCUAAAAGAGAACUAAUUACUUCUGUCAUUUGUUAAUGCAGAGUAGAGUUAUAUUUUUGUAAACAAUCGUACGAUUUUGUCAGUCUUGAAGAGAAUGGGACUUAACGCGGCAUUUUCACUUCGCAUCGGUCUGUACGGCACAUUCAGCACGCUCACUUUGCACUGAAAACACAGACUCAACUACAUUUUCAUAUCGCAUGAUUUAGGACACCCACUCCUGCAACUAAUUAUGAUGUCAGUUUGUGAAGAGGUUUACAGCUGAGAUUAUUAUUAUUUUUGGCUUUUAACUGAUGUUGGAGUGUUAACUGGUUAAUUUUACUUCUAAUUGUACAGGUUCGUUUUACAGUGAGGCAAACAGUUCAAUUCAGGGCAACUUAUGAAAACACAAGAAAGAAGAAAAAAAAGAAGCAAGCAAACUACUAAGAUUUUUUUCAGCAUUUAUCAAUGUGAGAAAAUGUGCUGGGGAUGCAGAAAUCAACCAAAUACUGAAAUGCUGCCAGAAUAAUAGCAGACACCUGAAUAUAAUCCGAAUGUUAACUGUUACACUGUUAAUGUCAAUAAUUUUGUCGUUCACCUUAAAAAACAAACAGCCAGCUACAGUAAUGUUCAUCACUUUUUAGUGCCCCUUGAAAAGAUUUUCAUUGUAGUUUCUGCCACUUGCAGCUUCUCUGUAUUUGCAGGAGGUUCUGUGUAUGCUAAUGCAUGAAUAAUUUUUUUUUACCAUUUCUAAUAAUUUUUUGCUAAAUCUGUCGUCUGGUGGGUAGAAAUAAUGCCUUGAUCUCCUCGUGUUUUGGAUGUUUGGCUGCAUUUUCUUAAGUUGCCCCAAACUAAGUUGCGGCAUUUUGAGCUCUCUGGGCUUCAGUACAAGAAAUCAACUGCAGCUAAAACAGGUUGGCAAUGAGAAAAUACUACAGGAAGGGAAGGAGUUUUGCAUUGGAUGUACAGUUUGACUUGAAGUUUUUGCAUCUGGCUCUCUUUUACAUGACUUGCUAAACUAUUUAUUUACACUUGGUAGUGACAGUAAAGAAUGACAAAGUGACAUAAAUUUUAAAUAUGGUAUACAUAUAAGUCAUUGUAUGUAUAUACAGUAUUGUGUUGCCUUAUUGAAGAAAUGUAUUAUG